UGACGAUGACGUAAUAUAAGGGCGCCCAGGUGCCAGCAGUUGCAGCUGAGCAGGGUGCGUGGCUGGACUCGCCCCUUUCACCGUCAGUGAGCGGUGGAAACGAUGUACGAAACAUAUAAGAAAAGGUUGUGAUUCCAGCAGGAAGGGCGAAACCUCUGGGGAUUAUGAGUCAGCACAUGCGGAGAAAUGAGGAUACCAAAAUUAGCCCUCGCCUUUUUUUUUCUCUUCUGUGUGGCGCUAUACGUGAUGUAUAUCAAAUGGCACAUUGAAGCUUUACCUCUCACAGACUCCAAAGACUACCUGAAAUUAAAAAAUGACCCAGAUAAUCUUUGCCAGCCCAUCUCGGAAGAAGAAGACAGCCGUCAUUUCCUGUAUGGAAUUAUGUUUGACGCUGGAAGUACAGGAACAAGGAUCCAUAUUUUUAAAUUUAAACAAAUGCCAAACGAUUCCCCAAAAUUGGAACAUGAAAUAUUUAAAGCUAUAAAACCUGGCCUAUCUGCUUUUGCGGAUGAUCCUGAAAAAUGCACUGCUGGAAUCGAGGAACUCUUGAUCACUGCGAAACAGACCAUUCCCUGUUCACGUUGGAAAAGCACUCCUUUAGUACUGAAAGCCACAGCCGGGCUUCGCUUGUUACCAGAUGAGAAAGCAGAAGACUUGCUCAACCAGGUGAGAAAUGUUUUCCAGAAAUCUCCAUUUCUAAACAAAGCUGACUGUGUUUCUAUCAUGGAUGGCACUGAUGAAGGUAUUUCUGCAUGGAUUACUGUGAACUUUUUAUUAGGCAGUUUGCAUGGCUCGCUGCAGAGAACUGUUGGCAUGCUUGAUUUGGGAGGAGGUUCUACGCAAAUAACAUUCUCUCCACAAGAUGAGAUGACCAUCCAAACCUCUCCAAUAGAUUACAUUACGUCUUUCCAGAUGUUUAAUAACACCCACACGCUGUAUUCACACAGUUAUCUCGGACUUGGUUUAAUGUCAGCAAGACUUGCCAUUUUAGGAGGAAUUGAAGGUCACCCUUUGGAAGAAGGAGAAGAACUGCAGAGUCCUUGCUUGGCUCCAGACUACAGAGGAGAAUGGGAGCAUGCUGAGGUGGUCUACACUCUGAGGGGUCAGAAAGCAGGAGAGCCCAUCUAUGAGUCCUGCUAUAAUAAAGUAGAGAAAAUGCUGUACAGGAAAGUGAAAAAUGCAGGCGAGGAGAAAGACUUGGACUUCUUUGCGUUUUCAUAUUAUUAUGACCGGGCCGUAGAUGCUGGUCUCAUUGAUGAACGUUCAGGAGGAGUCGUCAAAGUUGAAGAUUAUGAAAUGGCAGCUAAAAAAGUGUGCACAAGCAUGGAAACUAAACCAGGAGAGAAGCCAUUUCUGUGUCUCGAUCUGACCUACAUCUCCGUCUUACUGCAAGAGCUGGGCUUUCCGAAGGAGAAGGUCUUCAAGCUUGCCAGAAAGAUUAACGAUGUGGAGACCAGCUGGGCGCUUGGAGCCACCUUUCGUUAUAUUGAGUCACUUCAAAGGCAGCUCUGAAGACUUGAAUCAAAUGAAGAAGAUGAAGGAAGCUCCUUAGGUAAAAGAUACAAGCACACCAGUGGUGUCUCACUCUCUUUACUUUUGUGGUACUGUAUUACUCGGCUUAUGUUCUUCAUAUACAUGACAUUUAUUUAAGGAGGUGUUAAUGCAUCUGUGGGCACACCUGUUAAAGCUGGCCAGGGUUCUCUUUACUGGUGGCAGCUCCAAAGUGCCAAUACAUAUGGAUGUGAAAACUGAGGGUACUGUAAGUGGACAUACACUGAGGGAGGAGAAACCUUCUCCAGACAACUGUCAUUGUGUACAAUUGAGCGAUGCUUUUUAUGUCAUCUUAAAAGUGAUUUGGACAAUGUGACUAAAAAAAAAAAAAUACAGUAAACGUACUGUAGCCAGAGUGACGAGAAGUUCUAUUGCAGUUCAGUAUUGGUAUAUGUUUAAAAAUACCACGCUGUACACUUUCAGGUACAACAAAAGGUGGUCAUCCUUGUUUUAGGGCCCAUUCAUGCUGCAGCUUUGUAAAUUUCCAGCGUUUUAACAUUUUUCAAUCUUUAAUUCGCCCCUCCACUAUUUUCAGGAAACAUUUUACAGGUAAAAUUUAACUUCCGUCAUUUCCUUUCACCAUUUUGUGGGUUGACCAGAGUGUCUUCCGUGACUUUGUUUUUGUUCACCUGGAGAUCCCAGUACUCAGAGACAGUUUGUCGCCUCAGAUAUUUGUCACAUAUUGGGUUAAGAGUGGCUGAAAUAAAACUUAAACUUAUUAUUUCUACACGUUCAAAAAUGAAGCCUUUCAAAGGCAAACACUAAAGUUAUUAAACUUUAAGAGAGAUAAAAGAAUUCAAAGGUGUCAUCCUCAGAGCUGCAAGACAUAAGCACCCCGGCCGAGGAAAGAACUGCUUGUAGUAAAACAUCACGUCUGAAGGUUUUUAUUGGCGUGAGAGAGCAGAGCUGUGUGUGGCCACAUGUGGUCCGGCAUUUCCCCGACUCUUCGAAGCUCUGUCAAUGAAACCAGGAGUGCAGUGUGCUGCGUCACACCCUCCUCCUCCUCAGCAUGAAGUGACUCUCUAACACUGGCUGUGUGAGUCGCUAAAGGACGUCUGUGUUAAGUUGUUGUUGAACAGAAACAGUGCCGUCUAGCAAGUCUUUAACUUGCCUUUGUAGCAGAGCCUAAUCAGUCACCAAGGUGAACUUAAUAAGAGCGUUUCACCCACCCAUCUUAUUACCAGAUGCUCUUUUUCAGCAGUUGGUGAAUUCUGUUCCCUUGGCCACAAUUUAUGGUUUAUAUACAUAAGGGAGGUCUUCUUGGUCAUCAACAACCUGAGCCAGUGCUGCACCCUCACCAGUGUGACCUGAGGGGAUGCGGCUGCUUGACCAGCUCAAUGAAGCCCCCCCAAUCUCCAUGCUGUCAUGUGACAAGUUUAAAAGCCCCCUUUUCCAUUCCUGGCUCAUCCCAUAGGAGGAGGCAGUGCCUUGUGAUCCAAACAUGCCUCUUUUUUUUUUUACUACCAGAAUUUUAUAAGCCUCAUCUUUCAUAUCAAUGGAACUUGCCCAAAAACUGCUGCAGACAGAAGUUUGUUUAUAUAAAUAAAUCUAAACACUUAGAUGUGAAGAGUGUCAUAGAAAAUAAUGUCAGGGAACUUCACAAGUCAUUUCGAAGCAGCUAAAAAGGUUUAGGUGUGGUGUGAAUGGGCCCUAAAUCUGCACCAGCACAUAAGAUGCUUUGAUUUUAGUCUUAGCAGCCGUGUCAAGUCUGCCUAAUCAUUUCCAAGACAAGUUGGAUUUGUUCAGUCAUUUAUUUGUUCAUUGCUUUUCUGCUGUCCAUUGUUCACAUUGUCACUUUUAAUUUGUCCAAGCAAGCUUUUCAACAAAAAGGAACCAGGAUUGGAGUGUUUUACAUUUAGUCAUUCACUGUACUAGCCAAGCAGCUCAAUUACUUGAUCUAAUUGAAAAUGAUUUAAAGUUGUGGGGGGGUCAAUCAUAACAUACAAUACUGAGAUUGUAGUAGAAAUCUUAACUGAAUGCUGGCACCAGGGUUUCAUAAAACUCUAAAACUUAAAAAAGGUUUCUGGAUCUCCCUGUUUGAAAAUUAAGAGCCCAGAAACUUCCAUCAAUCAUCAUGUAGUGUGAGGUGGGGGUAUAUUUCUAGAUGUUUAUACAACAUUAUGAACUUGCAUGUAAUGAACUCUUUUUAUUGCUCAGGGUGGGGGUACACAGGUGGGAGCACCAAUCCCAUUGACAGCCAGCAUGGAAUGUACUGAAGGGAGAUAGUAAGUUGUGAGAAUAUAAUCCAUUUUUAUAUUAACAACUUCCAUUCAGUAUUUUACAUCUUUAUUAACUAACUCAUGGUGGCCUGAAUUUUUUAUAUAUAUAUGAUAUAUAAUUUGCAUAUGCGAUUCCUUCCCCCGUAAUAAGGAGAGGAAGGGAUUAUAAAGCUCCGGAGCAGUGCCUGUAUCCUGGGAAGUUUGUACAAAUGGUCCAUCUGUACAUCUAUUUAAUAAAAUGUCAUAUCCACAAAAACCCCUUGCCAUGAUUCAGGAUAUUUCAUAUGCUGUAAAACAGCCCUUUAAUGAUGAAUUUUAUUAAUUCCCACUUUAAAGCUGCUUUUGUCAUUUUAUUUUUCAAAUCACAUGCAUCACCAAGUCACUAUCAGUUAUCUACUUGCUGAUUUAGGAUUUUUUCCUCCUUUAUAAAAGUUACUUAAUAUGUAUUAACACUUUAAUGAAUAUGCUCUUGGCGUUGAGCCCUGCGAGCACCAGCUAUGGUCUCAAGGCUCCUCUCCCUCCAUAGGUGGUCUGAAUUGGGCUGGGUGGGCUCAUCCCACUAUUCUGACGUGUCUUUGGUCAGUAUAUCUGAAGUUACUAGCAUGCCUGUUGCCCUUCUCCUAUUCAACUGCAUGUGGAAGCCCUGCUUCAUGUUGUACUUCUAUUGACAGGCACUCGACUGUAGUCUGCCAAUUCAAAAUUCCUAUACAUUACACACUGGUAAAUAAAAUCGAUUCACACCCUAAUGAAAACUGAACUUGGUGUGAGAGAAAUUGGCUUUUUAAAAAAAUAAAUAAAUAAAUAGGGCCUGUUACCUGUGUGGCCCUCAGAGCUCCUGUGAACAUCCUCUCCAUAUUCUUACUUGUGUUCCAGUUUCAAAUCUUUUAUAUUUGCCACUCAAAACAUCUCACCAGACAGGCCACCUGUUCUUUAAAGGAUGAACACAUCUGUGGUGGUCCAUCAUCCCUGUACGUAAGGUGCAUUCAGAGAAACCAACUUCAUUUGAAAUUUGGCUCAAUUUUCCACUUGCCACAAAUGUAAGCCUUGUUCAUGCAGAGGAUGAAUAUAAUAAUAAUUCAUUACAUUUAUAUAGCGCUUUUCUCAGUACUCAAAGCGCUAUCCACACAGGGAGGAACCGGGAAGCGAACCCACACUCUUCCACAGUCUCCUUACUGCAAAGCAGCAGCACUACCACUGCGCCCUGUGAGUAUGAACUUGGACUUCAUAUCUGGGAUAAUAAAGAGGUUCAGUAUGGACAGCUAAUUAAAUUUGUGACAGCACAGCAUGCACACUUUUUUCCUGAGCUUGUCCACCAGCCUGCUGUUGUCAGUUAUGGUACAACUCCAUUGUAGCUUGUGUGCUUUCUUAAUUAGCACUAAUGCCACAGUAUGUUGCCUCCACAAUAAAGAGUGGGCACAGCCUGGCACCGUUUUACUAAUGAACUGAAAAUACUAAAUCAUUGCAUUUUAAUAGUUAGGUUAGCAUAUGAGAUAACCACAGUAUAAUAAUAUGGCCACACUUCACUACCAGCUUCAUUUAUAUAUGAAACCCAAUGCAAGAUGUCAUACUUGUUUGAGGGAUUGUGGCAGCUAAAAAGUACCACCAUGUAUUACCAGUGCACUGCUAUGGUUUUGUAUUAAAGCAGCAAUAAGCUUUUGCUGAUGAAAAAAUUGGAACUGGAAACAUAAAAACCUUAACACUAAAUUUAAAAAUGUCCUACAGGAAACACUGCCUCAAGUUUUAUUAGUCCUUAAAACACAAUGCAGCUUUACUCUUAAUGCAGUUGAGAUAGAACACGUAACAAGCCCUUUAAAAACGAUGAUCAACGAGGACUGCUCUUCUGUAUAAACCGGCAGGUGGGGCGCUCAAGUUUGAACUGUGCUUCGUGAAUAAAGAGCCAAUGAGCAAACAAACGGAUGUCUAAACACACAAACUGUGAAUUUUGUACUUCGUUUAUGCUGAAUCUUUGUAUUGCAUAUUUCAAUUAAAUGUUUAAAAGCAAAAAACCAAUGUUGUACAUUUGGCCAUUAAAGUGAAAAUUCUUACCUUGUUUCAAAGUGUCAAUGCUGUACUUGUCCAGACAAGUG